UUGGAGUGAAAGGCUAUAACAUCUGAAUUAUUGAUUUGUUACUAGUAUUUCAUUUUUAGCUGGAAUUUGAAAACUUUGGUCAGCAUGUACCUGUCUUCACUGAUAUAGACAUCAGGCCUUAGAGGAACAUUGCGCUUCAGUGUGUGUUUUGACCUUUUAAGGUUAACUACAUUUAGAAAUAUGCACUCUUUUCGUAAAUAUUUUUGAUUCGUGAAAUAACACACACACAAUUUUACUAAAGCGUGCAAAUAAUAUCGGUGUAUUUGAAAGGAAGUACAUGUACAUGUAGCUAUUAGAUAAAAUGUGUUGUAAACCGACACGUAUGGCGACCUACGUACAUUGUAAACAAAGAAUUUUCGUAGCUUUAUUACAAUUACAGUGGUGGCCAAUACUGAGAUUGUGAGGUAUGGUGGACGUUGUAAACAUUUUGAGUUGUUCUAUCUGUAUGGAGAUUUUUCAUAUACCACGAGUGCUACCAUGUCAACAUACAUUCUGCCAAGAUUGUCUAUCGAGCUACAUCAAUGAUGUGAGCAAGAAGAAGGGCAAGAAAAAGAAAUCAGCUGUCACAUUUAAAUGCCCUUUGUGUAGAGCACCAGUUGAUUUAAAGGAGGAACCAUUUGAUGCUUCUACAUUUCCACUAAAUUUGACAGUUGUUGCUUUUGUAGACACUCCGUCAUUUCUUGAUACUUGCUCCGGAAGUCCCGAGCAAAAUACAGGUAAGAUAAAACCUGAGAGUGAUUCUACUAACAAUGUGCUAGCUACAAACAGAGUACCAGAGGACGGAAAAUCGCAGAGAACAACCGAGCAUUCUUUCGACAAUUUAUUCGACGAGGGUGACGGACUUCAGAGGCAUGUUGCACAGUGUAUUUUGAAUCCUAUCACAAACUGUAAAGGGUUUAGUUUUAGAAUUGUUCUGGCAGUCAUAGAGUUGUUUAUCUGUACGAUUAUCGCGUCAUAUGUUCUAAGCGUGGUUAAACAACACGGCUUGUGGUUUAUCUACUGCAUCUGCUCAAUUCACUCAGUUAAAGGGAUUAUGAUAUCUUCAUGGAAAGCAACGCGACAUAAAGACCUUCAGGUAUUUUUCAGAUCUGAACUUGGACAUGUUGUGUUUCACAUAUUUGAGUGUGCGUUUAUUGGUUUCCUAGUGUUUUUCGUUUUAUUCAUGGCUAGUAUUCUGGAAAGCAUUCAAACAGCACCAGUUCGACGGUUAACUGUUAUGUCUGAUCUUGGUCAUCCGCAGUGUAUUGAAGAAAAAUAUCUUGAUUUUAAGUUUGUUUUGAACCAAGCUAUGCAAACUAUGAGCUUGACUUUCAAUAAAUAUGUUAUACAAUUCCAUAUUCUCAAAGAUAAUUGGUACCGCUUACUCAUAAACUGAAACAAGUCAAAAGCCAGUCUGAUUGUGGUCAAUGUUGUAACAAUGCUUGACAAGCUUUUCAGAUAAUUGCAAAUGGUUGUAUACGCUUAAAAGUCCAAGUCCCAUUCCGAUGGUCAUCCUCGCGGAACUAUUGUUUGCGAAGUGUCCGACGGUACGUUCGGCACUAUUCCCAAACAUCCCCAAAACUCCGUAAUUCACCAAUAUUGUUUUAAUACCUUCACCAUGCCAUGAAUAUACUACCACUUUAGAAUCCCUACAGUAUGUUAACUCAGCGCCGGGUUAUUAAAAUGAGUACAGCUAGUCUACCUACCCCUCUGAUCCGUGUCAUUCCGUGCAAAGCAUGUACACUACUGACUAGCGCACAAAUUAAACCCACUAGAGCUAAAGCGGCUUAAUAUAUUAUGUUAUUAUUAAGUUAUUAAGCAUAUAUCUAUUUCGUGAAUUUUAACAAAAACAUUUGAUAAUUUUAGAUUUUUAAUUAUUUAUUAAUAAUUCCCUUACAUCUUUAAACGAUGUUUCAGCAAAUAACUUUUUAUUUACACUACAGUAAGUUCUUUGAUUUUUAUGCCCCCGAAGGUGGGCAUAUUAAAAUCGCACUGUCCGUCCGUCCGUCCGACCGUAACUUUGUAAAUUCUUGUCCGGGCUGUAACUCUGCCAUCCAUGAAGGGAUUUUGAAAUAGCUUGGAAUAAAUAUUUACCUUAAUGAGACGACGUUUUAUGCGUAAGACCCAGACCCCGAGCUCGAAGGUUAAGGUCACACUUAGAAGUCAAACGUUAAUAGGGUCUGUUACGUGUCCGGUUCGUAACUUUGCCAUUCAUCAAGGGAUUUUGAAAUUACUUAGCAUAAAUGUUUAUCAUAAUAAGACGACGUGUCAUGUGCAAGACCCAGACCCCUAGCUUCAAGGUUAAGGUCACACUUAGAGGUCAAAUGUUAACAGGGUCUGUUUUUGUGUCCGGUCCAUAACUCUGCCAUCCAUGAAGGGAUUUUGAAAUACCUUGGCAUAAAUGUUAAUCAUAAUCAGAAAAUAUGUCAUGCGCAAGACCUAGAUCCCUAGCUCCAAGGUCCAGGUCAUACUUAGAAGUCAAAGGUUAAUAGGAUCUUUUUCGUGUCCGGUAUAUAACUCUGUCAUCCAUAAAGGGAUUUUGAAAAAACUUGAAAUAAAUGUUUACCAUAAUGAGACAAUGUGUCACGCGCAAGACCCAGACCCCUAGCUCCAAGAUCAAGGUCACAAUUAGAAGUCAAGUCAAAGGUUAAUAGGGUAUGUUUCAUGUCCGGUUCGUAACUCUGCCAUUCAUCAAGGGAUUUCGAAAUAACUUGGCAUGAAUAUUCCCUAUAACAAGAAAACAUGUCAUGCACAACAACCAGACCCCUAACUCUAAGGUCAAGGUCGUAUUUAGAGGUAAAAGAUUAACAUGUCUGUUCCAUAACUCUUCCAUCGAUGGAGAGAUUUUAAAAUUACUUGGCAUACACGUUCCCUAUAUUGAGAUGACGUGUCAUACCCCUAGCUUCAAGGUCAAGGUCACACUUAGAAGUCAAAGGUUAACAUUGUACGUUUCUUGUCCGGUCAAUAACUCUGCCAUCGAUCAAGGGAUGUUAAAAUUAUUUGUCACAAUUGUUCCCUAUAAUGAGUUGGUGUGUCAUGCUCAAGAACCAGACCCAUAACUCCAAGGUCAAGGUUACCUUUGGAGAACUUUUUUUUAUCUGGUCACAAAAUGAUUCAUACCUAAACUAUUCUGGCAUAUUUUGCGCAGACAACUGUAGCAUUAUUUGGCACACUUCGUUUGUCACUAACAGUGACAGCUCUUGCUUGAGGUUCAAUUUUAAAUACUUAGAAUAUUUUGAGAGUUAUAUAUACUUGUAUCUUUUCCUUAUAAAAUGUCAAGGUCAGUAGUGGCUGUUUGUCAAGUUACCUUAAAGACGCACCACAAAAUACCUGUAUUUUUCUGUAUUUCCAUGAUGGCAAUCAUACAUUUUUUGCAUGGAGAAAAUGAGAAAUAACAAGUAUCUAGUUACAAAUUGACAGUGACAUAUAUAAGGCUAAGACAAUGUGUUUAAUGUAGUAGUGUGCACGCUACUAUAUGUAUUAAGGUGAGUUUAGACCACACUUUGUUUCCACAGUGUAAGAUGUUUAUAAAACUAUACUGAGAAGAGAAUGACUAAAUAAGUUUGCAGAUGAAUUUGUGAAAACAGGGCCUAAAUUGUCCUCUUGUCAUCUUGUAGAAAAGCUGUAUUAUACCAGUAUUACCAGAAUUAUUUGCACCAAGUUCAUGUGGGAGGAAAAGUAGGUCACUAGGUCGUGGUGGGUCUUUAACACUUCAAGUAAUUUUUUGAAUACAGAUGGUUAAAAAUAAAUACUAUAGCCUAUUUUAUUAACGGUUAAUGCGAAUGCGAUAAUGUUACACACUGAUAGCCACACGAGAACUACAUGCAGAUAUAGACUACUGCGGGAAAUAUAAAGUGGCAGUAUUGGACUGGGAAUUCAUGGCAUACAUUCACCACAAUAAGAUAUAUAAAUUUUAGAAGCUAUGGCGUCAAAAUCAAGCUUAUAAUAGAAAUUUAUAGGCAUACAUUCACCACAAUAAGAUAUUGAAUUUUAGAAGCUAUGGCGUCAAAAUCAAGCUUAUAAUAGAAAUUUAUAGGCAUUGUAGUUGGCUUAUUCGAAGAAACUUAAGAGCACUUCGUCGGCGUCCACAUCCCUACUGGUUAGGCUUUUGUUCAUUUACUGGAAUUUUAGUAAUUAACCGUGAGAAUGCAUUGAAGCUUCAGACAAUUUUCAUUAUCUAAUACGCAACGAACAGGUUACAUAACUCUAAUUUGCUGUUUUUGACAAAGGACCCGCCAUUUUGGACUUUGCAAUUUUUAAACACCCGUGAAACGGGACGCAUUAUGUGGCCGCCUGCGGUAGACGGGUGGUGUUCCCAAAGGUUUCCGCUCUGUAACUUGAACAGAUCUUAUCCAAUACUCACCAAGCAAUGUUAAAAGGCUUAAUAGCUUAUUCCGGUCAAGUUCGAUGACCAGCUAGAUUGUCUCAGAGGCUCCUUGGUAAAGACCCUUUAAUUACCUAAAUUUGUUAAAAUAAAGAGUGUCCGCUCUCUAACUUGAGCAGUUCUUAUAUUUGUUCACCGAACGGGGUCACAGUUUAUAGUAUAAUAUCUCGGUCAAGUUCAAUAACGAGCCAGAUUGUGCGAGAGAUUCUGGAGUUAUUACCAUUGAACAACUUGAAAUUACUAAAUUGAGUCACAAUACAUGUGGACAUACUGUCUCGAUCAGUUCGAUUCGAUUAACAAUCUGGAUUAUCCCCAGAGGCUGUUGAGUUACGCCCCUUGAAUUUCUAAAACAGAGAAAAUUGAUAGUGUCCGCUUUCUAACUUGAGUAGUUCUUAUCCAUUUUUCAUUAUUCUUGAUCAUUAUCAUUAUGGGCAUAAAAUAUCUGACACUUUCGAUAACCGGCCGAAUACUCCCAGUCAUUACUUGAAAUUGCAAAAAAUGACAAAGUACUCUAAAUACAUUAUGUCCACAAAAUUAAGUCCGAAUGUUUAUGGUCGAUAAGGUCAAUUCCCAGGGGAUAGUCUUUGUUGCUCUGAAGUUAUGGCCUUAGAAUCAGUCGAAAAUGAGAAAGAAUUACUAGUGUGCGCAAUAAGUAGAGUAUUUUAUAAAUUAAAAGUAAUUUAAUGUGAUGGGCGAAUAUUGUGACAGUUUUGUCGCUGUUGUUGCUUGUUGGUUUAGGGUAUAUUUAUAUCAGCUUGUGUCUCAGUCACCACGUGUGGUAAUGAAUGAGACUCAUGUGGUUAUCUGACAUGUGAUGCGCAACUUCUUUUACUCAAUGGGCCCAUCUCAGUGGUUCCGCUUUUACAACGUAGCAAUUUUUAGUAAAGUUUUUUUAUGAAAGCCGAUGUAGCAUUUAACAUCAUACAAGUGGAAGGUUCUAUGACUCAUACUUACGUUUAAGCCAUAUUAUUCGCACGUUUUGAACAUGUUUAUGUUAUUAUAUUUGGUAUGUUUCCAAUUUACUUUUUGUUACAAGUCUUUUGAAUACUUGAGCAUUUCUGUUAGCCGACAUCUUUAGUUUUCAACUUUUUCUUAUUUUUAUGUUUUAUUUGAAUAAAUGUAGUAUGUUAUUUGAUUAAACACUAAGACUGGGGGUAUAGCUGGUUCAAAUUCCAAAGUUGCCGCUGCUGUUCUGCUUAGAAUUAUCAAAGACGGCUUGGCAAAGGUAUGGAGAGAUGAAUAAAAGCAGAAAAUGUUACAAAUGCUCCAUAGUUCUUACUUGUCGUACGUGAUAGCGAUUGGCUGUUUUAAAAAUGAAAUAUGCAUAUUUGUCAAGGUAUUUUAGAACCAUGCGGAUACCUAGUUUCAAGUGCGCUUACAUGCUGUACUAUUACUGUGAACUUCACUAUUAGGGCCAUGCUAAAUGAAAUGCAAACACAUGAUUUCAAGAUAAUUACCGAAUCAUUUAGACGGUCUAAUUUACUGUAAUAAUAAUAUCUGUACGUAUUGUAUGUAUAAUACAGAAGUGAUUGUCUAAGACCAUUCGUUGUAGUUCAAUUGGUAUUAAAAUAUUUUAUAGUUCUAUAUUUUAAGUGAAAAACACAAAGUGCCAAAAGGUGAC